AACACAACUCGCCACAAACAACAACACACAAUUUCAUCAAACAAAAAAUACAAAAAUGAAAGCCACAAAGCUUUCUGUGCUUCUCGUGAUUGGCAUUUUGUUUGCCAUUGUCACGGCAAGGCAGGUUGAAGAAGUCUCCAAAGAGAACAAAUUAGGCACUUCUGCUCCGAAAACUGCUACCAAAGGUAUUGGAGCUGAGCUUGCUGUUGAUGCCCAAACUGAUAGCACCACUUCGGGAAGUAGCUUUUCCAGUGCUACUCAGAGUCCCAAAGGUCCAAUCGCCUCUUCAGGCGGAUUUGGCUUCACAAGUACCAGGGGAAAUGUCUCUGCUCGGGGUCGCAACGCAGACGCUUCUUCUACCAGUGGUUCUAGCGCUCAAGGAAAUUCUGCAGCUGCAGCGGAUCGCAAAGGUGCUGCUGCUCGUGGAGACGGUUCCUCAGGUUCCGCUUCCACUGCGACGGGCCGCACCACUGACAAGAAGAAGAAGAAGAAGAAGAAGAAGUGCGGCAAAGACAAAAAACGAUGUGAUUGAGCGUGAGGUGAUCUCAUCAUGCUUAUUGCUCAAACCUAUCUUAUAAUAUAUACUAAAAACUCACAAUCUCUUUUGUAUUCAUAAAUAAAACCAGAGAUUGUCACCUUAAAUUAUUAUGAGUUUAUGAUACGCUACUCGUUCUGUGUAAUGGCUUUUUUUAUAUAAAUUAAACAAAUGCAACAAUUACGACCUCAUAUUAA